AUGGCGUACCUUCCUGUUCCCUCACCCGCGGGGGUGGGAGGUGCAGAGGGCGAGUCCGACAAGACCGUCGCCGGCGACGAGGAAGAAGCCACGCCCGCCACAUCCGUCACCGCCGGGCUGGCAGCCGCGCUCGACCGCGGCGCGGCACGAUACUGGGCGGCGCAGGAGCAAGCGACGCUGGCCAAGCUGGAGGGUCAGAUGGCCGCGGCCGAGGUGCAGAUCGCCGCCUGGAAGCUGCAGCCAGACGCGGGAAACGCGCGGCAGGGAGCCCAGAGGCGGUGGGCGUGUGAGCUGCGCGAUCACAAGCGCGCCACGCUCAAAGCGCUGCGAGAACUUCGGCAGCAGCAGCAGACGUCGACAUCCGCGACGCAGGACGCAUGGCUCGAGGAGCAGCUGCAGGCGGUGCAGCUGCAGGAACGAACGGUCAACAUCCAGCGCAAUUACGGGGCCAACGAGCUGCGCGCGGUUGUCCAUGGGCCGUACCACAAGCACUGCGAGCGGCUGUGCGCGCUGAAGCGUGAGUACAGGGCCACGCAGCGGCGGUUCGGGGCUCUGCUGGGCCGGCCAGGCACCAGCCGCACGGGAAGCGAGGCGGGUGCGGCCGGAUCGCCAGCACUGUCGCAGGCGGCAACGGCGACGAGCAGCAGCAGAGACAACACUGACAGCGAGGAUGGUGACGGUACCAGCGGCAGCGGCGGCAGCGGCGCCUUCUCGCGGCAGACUGCCCACAUCAACUGGCUGCUGGCCAUGAACAGACCUGCGCGUACCUCCUGGUGGGCGGAGACUGACAAGAUGCCGGUGGCGCUGCGAGACCUGUGGCGUGAGCGACUCAAAGCUUCGGAGGAUGGCAAGAGCGCAACCGCCGGAGAUGACUCGGCCGACGAGGAGACGGCACUUGACACCAACGACAAGGAGAAAAGUGCGGAGGCUGGCGACGAGGAGACGGAUGUGGAGGCCGACGACAAGCUUUGA